AUGCAGCAGCAGGAAGAGGACUACGUGACGUGCCAGGCCUCGUUUGAUGCGAACGAGCUGGCGACAGACCACCCGCCACGGUGGCUCCACCCCAACAAGAAGCUGGUGUAUGCCCUGGCUUGCCCGCGGGGGGCGGACUCCCACCGCGGCACCCUGCACUACUCGCGCUACAAGGAGAUACCCCUGCCCAGCCUCUACGUGCCCGAUGAUGCCAUGAAGCAGAAGACGCAGCUCGAGAUGCGCGAGGAUGCCUUCACCUACGAGCCCACGGCGCAAGAGGAGGAGGGGCGGCCGGUGGUAUCGUGGUACAAGAACUUUGCACACAGCCACCUGUUCAUUGCCUACGCUGGCGGCCUCUACGCGCAGGACGAAAUGCAGGUGGCCGAGCACCCCAUUCUCGCUUCCCUUCGCGAGGCCCUUACAUCAAGCCGCGACAAACGGUUCCGACCCUUGACGACAGAGGGUAACGAGCCCACACCGAUCUUGAUCCGGGGUGUGGAGAGGAGGAUCUUCGUGAAGACCGACCGCAAUCCAGGCGCAGGACGGCCUUAUGGUCUGUACGGCGGAGCGUUUGCCGCGGCUUCAGAGGCAGCCAUUCGCAACGCGAGCGUGGUGCUCAAGCCACCCACGAUCUCCAACAUUCUCGCCCUUGAGGCCCCGCCUGGGGGACGUGGCGCCUACCGCUAUGAAAAAGGAUUCGAAUCUGCGCCUCCCUUCGUGGUCAUACACACCGGCAACUGGGGCACAGGGGCCUACGGAGGGAAUAAAGUGCUGAUGGCACUCCUUCAAGUGCUGGCUGCCCGACUGGCCGGAGUGGACAAGCUUGUCUAUCACACCUUUGAGAGGCAGUCCUCCGACGCCUACAGAGAGGGAGUCGCGCUGCUUGACGAACGCCUGGUCGCUGACAGCGAGGGUCAGCAGAAGCAGAUCGCCGUCGACGAACUGAUCGGCAAGCUGACCGCCCUGCAGUUUCGCUGGGGGCUCUCGGACGGCAACUGA